ACACGUCGUCGCCGUUGAAAACUAUGGGGGCUCGGAUGAAUCCGAACCAGGGCCCUGUGAGCAUGUGCCUCCCUGAUGCAGGUUUGGAGACGACCGUAAUUCGGAUUCAUCCGAGACACACGAACGAAGGACUUGACGGUUGUCGACUUCUGACGACUUUGGACAAGGACGAUUCCGCCGACGACGGGAGUGAUCCGUCACUCGGCGACGUCGGGAUGGAGCAACCAGUGCAGCCGACAUACGACGACCCCUUGUACUCCGGCCUUCACGACGAGGCGAUGGGAGAGGACAUUCUGAAGAAGUCCUCUGACGCUGUUGGAGAUAGAUUUCUCUAUUUGAGUGACGACAUUAAAGACACAGCGCACGAGGACAAGAAGUUAAGGGGGGGAGAGGUGUUGUUGGACAUCCAUGGGACCUUGAGCACAACACAAUACGACACAACGACGAUGGAGGAAACCCAACCUAUCGAUGUUGUGGACGUCGACGUUCUUUGUCCGGAGACGGACAUACUAAAAUUGCCCGUCGCGGACGUGGAGGAUUUCCGCCAUCGGGAUGGGGAUGAAUUCAUGUCGUCUCCGGUCAUCGACGUCGACAUCUCGAACCUGUCCAGUUUCCCUGUGAUUUUGGAGCACGUCGUAGCCGCGUCGACGCGCACGGGGGCGCCAAUCGUGCUGGGACUGCCAUCGGUGGGCUCUCGUGACGUGGAAGCUAAGCCUGGUAAGCAUUGUCUUCCUCUGCUUGCUUCCCGCUCGUCAGCCCGUUCGUGAAGUGUUGUUUGCUUCGUCGAUUUCGGGGAGGUGUGUAGGCGGCCGCCAACUGGAUUGUGACGAUGUGCUUCGUGAGGUGCUGUUUGCU